AUGAUGGGGAGUUCUUUUAGACCAGCGGACUAUUUGUCGCAUAAUAUUCACCAUGUUUCUUCUCAACACGAUAAUAUGCAGAACACGCUUGGUAAACAUAGACGGAUGCGUUCAGAGGGGUCUGCCUGUAUCACCUCAUCUUCCUGUGAUCCUCUGAUCUCAAGUCAAACAGAUGCAGAUUGGAUGCCACAGUCUGCUGUCAGGAGGCGAAAGUUGCCGAAGUUUUGCCUGCCCAGCGAUUCUUCAAACCAUGUGGCCACCAACGCAUAUACACCACAACCGUCUUGGGAUCUAAAUUCGUCUGUCACAGACUUGCAGUCACUAACUGUUCCCAAAACAAAUCACUCUCCCUUGUGCGCACAUCGUCGAUCUGCUAGUUAUGGUGGAGAUUACUUUACGUUCGCAGCUCAUGAGAUUGGAGAGGCUGCUAGUAGGGCUGUAGAACAAGCAGAAGAGUUGGUUAUUCACCUUUGGAAAAAAGGGUGGAGAGUAGUUCAUCACCAUAGCUUACCACACUGGUUAAAAGACAAUGAUUUUAUCCUCCGGGGUCACCGUCCUCAACUCCCAUCAUUUCGCGAAUGCUUCCGUUCUAUCUUCCGACUUCAUACGGAAACAGGAAAUAUUUGGACACAUCUCAUUGGUUUCGUUUGUUUUCUGAUCUUGAGUAUCUCAUUUCUAGUUCAUCCGGGUUUAAAUAUACAUUGGCAAGAGAAAAUGGUUGUUCAGGUAUUUUUUACAAGCGCCAUCCUUGCACUUGGUUUUUCGUGGUUGUUUCACACAGUUUAUUGCCAUUCAGAACGUGUUGGUAAAUUAUUCAACAAAUUGGACUAUGUUGGAAUAUCAUUACUUGUUAUCGGGUCAUUUAUCCCAUGGAUCCAUUAUUCUUUCUAUUGUUAUAAUUCAUUCAAACUUGUUUAUAUUUUGGCUGUGCUGAUACUUGGUGGAUUUUGCGCUUUUGUAUGCACGCAAGAUUAUUUUCUUAGCCCAACGUAUCGUGCAGCUAGAGCACUUUUGUUUAUUGCUCUUGGUCUGUCGGGAGUGGUUCCUUGUGUACAUUAUAUUCUAAUUGAAGAUCUUCAGGAGGGUGUUCAUUAUUCUGCACUUGGAUGGCUUAUUCUAAUGGCUGUACUAUAUAUAUCGGGAGCUACCAUUUAUGCACUACGUAUACCUGAGCGUCUUUAUCCUGGUAAAUUUGAUAUUUGGUUCCAAAGUCAUCAAAUAUUUCAUGUAUUUGUUGUAUUGGCUGCCUUAGUACACUUGAAUGGUAUUAUGGAAAUUGCUCAGCAUCGAUUAAGCAAAGGCGGUUGCGAUAAUCAACUGUAA